AGAACUAGGGUUUUACUGUUCCUCUUCGAUCGAUCAUCACUCGCCUCGCCCAUGUCAACGGCGGCGCUGGUGGCGCGGCUCGCCCGCGACGUAUCGGCCGCGCGAGACGCCGCCCGCUUGGCCGCGGCCGCCGCAUCCCGCGCCGCGCGCUCCUCGGCGGUCGCGUCGUCCAGUCCUUGCGCACGCUCGGCGGCCGUCGUCGCAGCACGUCGCGCGGCACGCUCAGCCGCCGCCGCCGCAUCUCGCGCCGCGCGCGCGGUGUCACGCAUCCCGUCUUAUAACCUCGACGACUACAGCGACUACGAGCCAACUCCUGCUCCUCCCAGCCCAUUGCCAUCAUAUGGUCCUGAGCCAGCUGACGAUGAGACGGACAAGGAUUUUGAGACUGAUCUAGUUGACAGUGUGACGGACAAGGAUUUUGAAUCUGAUGAAGCCAUUUGGGCCUUCUAUGAGCGCUGGUGCAAGGCUUACGAUAAGGAGCGUGACCAUGCUGAGAUGGCUCACCGGUUCAAGAUAUUCAAGGAAACUGCAGAGCUUGUUCAUAGAUCCAACAAGGAUGCUCCAGAAGAAGAGAAACUAUGUUUUGGCCCAUACUGCGAUGGGUUCGAUGAGCAACAGAGGGCUGAAUUUCUGCUUAAGUUUGGCCAUUUUCACGGGAUUCACGAAUUUGUAGAGCAGUGGAAGAUCGACUUCCCAAAGCCGCGGAAGAUUGACUCCCCAAAUCAAUCCCCAUGAAUCACCAAAUCUAUCCUAAUACGGGUAGACGGACCAAGUUCUACUUCUCUAUCUUUAUCUUUAUCUCAACUAUUAUAAAAAAUAAAGAUGUUUUUGUCGGUAUUUUGGCACGUGAUCCGUAUUUGAGUCGGUUUUUAAGUUCGUUUGCUUUUGGAAAUACAGUUCUGUGUUUGAGUCAGUUUUUAAGUUCGUUUAUACUUCUAAAAAUACAAAAGAAGUCGUAUAAGAAAUUUCUUUUAAAAAAAUGCUAACUUGAAAUGAAAGUCAAACUCCUAGAAAAAUGCUAACUUGAGAUGCUCGACGCCUUCGCCACCGCCAAACCCGCUGGCACGAGCAGGAGCACGGGCUAAGGAUUGGAGAGAGGGGAGGAAGAAGAAAGAGGAGGAGAAUGACAGGCGGAAUCCAUUGGUUAAUAGAGUGGAAUGUGAAUAGUAUGUUGGAAUAGAAGAUAAAUUUGACUCUCUAAAUUUUUAUCAGCCUGGCAAUAUAGAUAUUUAGAGAGUCAAAAAUAACCACUCCGUUAGAGGCAUCUCUAACAGCCCACAAACAGCUAGGGUUGAGUUGAGGGAGCCUGGAGCGCUUCCACCUCCAGCAUCUAUUCCCUUCGUGCCCGAUGCCCGCUUCCACGCCGCCACUGACCGCUGUCCGCGCCGGCGCCACGCCGCGUCCGCUGUUAGCGCCGGCGCAGCCCAGUGCCGAGCCACACCACAGCGCCGACGCCCGUGGGUCCGCCGUCCGCGCCAUCGCGGCGCCGAGCUGGGGGCCGACGACGUUACAACUUCUCCUUGUAUCGCCAGUCGCCGCCUUGCUGCGGGACGUCGGCCGGUUGCCGUCUUGUCGCAGAGCCGCCGCCCGCUGUCUCCCGUCUGGCGUGGCGUCUACCGGUGCCCGUCUCCAGCUCUCCGCUCCCGGCUGCUUCAUAAAUCGAUUUGUGAUUCAUGAAUCUGAGAAUGAUUGAGUAUGCACUUUGUAAA